CAGAGACUUGUCGGCUAGCCUCUAGACUCUAGAGUACCUAGGUAGCCUCUGCUACUUAUCGCGUCGAGUGGUCAAUGGGUUCCUAUUUCACGGCGUGCUUUGACAGAAGCCAUUGCAGAACCUGCUGGCCCUUUUCUCUAUCCUGCUCUAUUCUGCUCCAAGAUUUUCGUCUUCAUCCAUUUUCGCCAGAGGGAUAGCAGCGCUCCCUAGUAGGUGUACAAUUGUUUGCUUGCUAUCGGGCUUACGUUAGCUGCACAGCCCACCAAAGACUCUGGGUUUCAAGUUCCUGUGCAAUCUGAAGCUGCUCCAUAAUGGCGCCCAGCAACAUUACAAGGAAAAUGCGACCUGCCAGCUGCACUGUCUGCUGGAUGUUGGUGCUCCAGCUGGUGAGCAGUGUUGCUGCAGUCAACAUCAGCCUUCCCACUGACCCCCUGGCAUCACUGCUGGCCUGGCCCCUCCCUGGAACCGUGUUCACCUGGGGAGACACUGUCAACUACCGGGUGGAUCAAGCCAGCUGCAGCGGUGCCACUAUCUCUGCUUAUGAAACUGCCGGCAGCAACCUGUCCAUCGGGCUGACCACUCUUUCCCCCUGCAAUGGGACUGUGGACACGCCGCUUGCGCCUCUCAACAGCGGCAGAUACAACUUUGUCAUCAAGGUGGUGGGUUCCAGCAAUGUCACCUCCGCAGCCAAGGACACGUCCACUGACAGCAUCAGCUAUGCCGUGCUCAACCCCUCAGUGUGGGAAGCAGAGAACACUGAUGCUCUGAAUGGCACCACCCUUAAGAACCAGACCACUCUCGACGUCUCUGGAGGCCUGGACCUGGCUGGCAUCACCAACGGGACCUCCGUGCGCUACGACGGCUGGAACCUGUACAACAUUGACAGCAUCACAGUGCGAGCCUCCUCAGGCAUGGCCACCCCGCUGCAAUCCCUUGGGUCGUUUGAAGUCCGGGUCAACUCCCCAACCGGCAGGCGCAUCGCGCGCGGCGACAUCGCUGGCACUGGCAACUGGUCCACCUACAGGGACUUCACGGUGGGCGUGUUCGACACCAACCAGUACUUCAUCCUAGACUUCGGCGUCCCCACCACCGUCUCCAAGCUCCUCCUCAACUCGACUGGCUCCCCCGGCGACUACCCUCGCAGCUACAUCAUCUUUGUGUCGGAUGACGGCAGGAAUUUCGGCUCCGACUCUGUGCUGUCGGGCAAGGGCGACUCGUCCCUUGUUACCAUCACCUUCCCCGCCCCUGUGACCACCCGGUUCAUCAAGAUUGUGCAGGCGGGCGCGAGCGAGUACCAGUGGUGGUCCAUCCACGAGAUGUACGCGCUCGACGGGCAGGGCGCGCUCCUCGACCGUUCCGGCUGGGCCGCCUCCGCCAGCUCCAGCGGGUCCCAGCUCACUGAGAGCAUGGCCUUCGACGGCAACCUCACCUCCAAGUGGGGCUCCGGCGAGACGCAGCGCUCCGGCGUGGUCUCCCUCCACUUCGUCUUCCUGGCCAAGGGCACCCCGCUGCCCGCCACAGAGCUCUUCCGCAUCAACCGGAUCACUUUCGGGGGCCAGGGGAUUGCCGUCAACCCCAAGCCCCAGACCGGCAACUUCACGCUGCCCUACACCUUCAAUGUGAAUACGUCCUCAGUGGCCGUUUUCACCGACCCCCUGGCCGUGUUUUCCAACUCCUCGGCGGCCGCGCCCACCAGUAUCGGGGUGGCAAACGCCACCGCGGCCGCGAUUACGAUGCUGCCAAACGGCACGGCUAACGGAACCAUGGCUGGUGCGAUUACCAUGCUGCCAAACGGCACGGCUAACGGAACCACGGCUGGUGCGAUUACCGUGCUGCCAAACAGCGCGCCUAACGGCACCGCAGGAAACGCGAGCAUUGCCAUCAACUGCGGGUCGGGCCUGGACCUGACGCUCUCCGACGGGACGGUGUUUGCGGCAGACAACUACUUUGUGGGGGGCAUGAUGCUGACCAACUUGCUCACCUUCACCGGCACGGCCGACCAGGCUCUGUAUCAGAAGGAGCGGUACGGCGCUGCCAACUUCUCGUACCAAAUUCCGGUCCCCAGCGGAAGCUACGUGGUGAGCAUCUUCGAGGCGGAGACGGUGUUCAACGCGUCGCUCAAGCGCGUCUUCGACGUCUUCAUCAACGGCCGGGAGGAGAUCUCGGCGCUCGACGUCUUCAACGCCACCGGGGGGAACCACCGGGCACUCGUUCUGACCCGCACCACGUCGGUGACGACCGGUCUGCUCAACGUCCUGUUCUCGCCCCUGGUGGGUGAGGCCAAGGUGUCGGGCCUUUCCGUUGCCCCCUACGUCCCGGGAAAGAACGUGACGGUGCUGCCCGGGCGGCUCGAAGCUGAGAACUACCGGGCUGGGGGACAGGGCAUCGGGUACUCGGACUUUUCCAAGGGCAACGCUUUCGGAGAUGACGCACGGUUGAACAACUGCACUAACGGGGAUGACGUGGACGUGGGAGCCGCUCUGGAUGUCGUCCCGGGGAAGGGCGUCGAGGCCGGAUGCAUGGUCGGCAUGAUCCUGCCCCACGAGUGGCUGCAGUACGACGUAACGUUCGCCACGGCAGGCCUGUACAGCAUUACGUUCCGCACGGCCAGCAACUCGACCAACCCCAAGCAGGCGCACCUUGAGGUGGACGGGGCAGACAUCACCGGCCCGGUCGUCUUCCCGGCUAUGGGCAGCUGGCAGAUCUUCUCCGAUUCAACUGUGGUGACCAAGACUGUCAUUAGUGCGGGGCCCCAUUUGGUGCGCCUCGUCUUUGACUCGGGCGAUGUCAAUUUCAACUACAUCGACUUCAAGCUUCAGCUUUAGUGUUUUAUUGGGAGCGAGUUGGGUGAUUGGCCGAUGCUUUGUCGACCACAGAAACAGUGACACUGAUCAACACGAGAAUACUGAUCUAUGACGGGUCUGUAUAUUAGCAGGAGUAAUCUAUUGACUGGCACUCUUGUGGUAGGCGAGGUUGCUGCCUAGAGGGUGGGUGUUGUUAUGGUGUUUUGUGUAUUCCAAGCUGUAGCUAGGUGGUAAAACGGAUUGCAAGUUUGUCGUGGACGCGUUGAGUUUCAAAGAGGUUUAUCACUCUCUGACAAGUCCACCAAGUUGUACGAGAGAAGUGGACCGCAAAACAAUGCAGUACUGCAAGCCUUCAAGUAAUUCGUACUUCGUAGGUCGAAGCUGCAAAUCCUCAGGGUCAAGUUAGCGUAGUACAGUACCAUCACAGACAGUCCCGGCCCUAGGAGGUCAUGAAGCUGGUUUGGGUUUCAUAAUAUCUUCACUCGGCAUAGUGUAUCCUUUUCAUGGGAAGCCUCCAUCGGAUCAUUUUGGUCGCAAUCAAA